UUGUCUGUAUGUCUGCCCGACUGUCAUUAUGUAUGUAUGUCUACAAAUCUAUCUGGUUCUCUAGUUUUCAGUCCAACCGUCCGUCGUGGGGUCUAUUUUACCGUUUGUGGGGUCUAUUUAACCGUUUGUGGGCCGGCCAACCAACCCGACUGUCUAUUCGUUUGUCUCUCUGAUGGUCGAUCGGUGAGUUGGUGGGCUCUUCUUUUCCGGCAAGCAAUAGACAAACACGACUCUUUUACUGGCUGCGUGUGUCGCCAUGCCAAUGGCACUCAUCGAGUCGACGAGCAUAGCCACCAGAAUUUGUGGUCAAAACCAGCAGAAAGUGGCGCCAUUGUAGAGACCGUGUACCGUCCAGCGAUUCGUCGGUCGCCCAGCUCAGACCGGCGUCCAACCGCCCAGCCAGCCUUGUCCGCACCACAAGGCUCGUCCAGCCUCUGGGCGCCAUGGCAACCUGGACAGUUGAUGCCGUCGAGUCAGUAUUUCAGCACCGACAAUAGCUCGAUUGGCCGGUCAGCUUGA